AUGGCGGACGAAUUGAGAGAAGGCCUUGAGGAGCGUCUUGCGGGUCAUUCAGCUUAUUUCAACACUUUGAUCGAAUUGAUACCGGUGAAACAUUACUUGCCUGUUGACGAAGAAGAAUUAGCAAGUAAAUUUUUUAAGAAUCGCCAACAGAAAGCUCCGAAACAGGUCAUCAAAGAAGCUUCUAGGAAGGCAAAACGAUUGAGGCUCGACCCAAAUCAGCACAAAACAGUUCAUGAAAUUCAAAAGGAGACUGAGGAAAAAGAAAAAUCGAAAAACUUUGGUGAUGAAGAGGAAGGCAGUGGUAUCGAGAGGACUGGUUUUAGUGUUGAAAAAGUCGAAAGUGGCAAUCUGGAUGAGUUAAGGUCUCGUCUUCAUGCCAGGAUUAAAGACUUUCAAAGAAAACGAAAAGCAUUCGACGGAAAAGAAGAGCAUAAGAAUGCAGGGACGAAGAAAUCUAAAAGCGAAGUCAAAGCGAAAAAUAAACAGAAAAUUGCUUCUGCGCAAAAGAACGUAAAACCCCCCAAGAAACAGGACUCAUCGCCUGCUAAGACUAUAUUGAACGACAGCGGUGAAGUUGUUUUUAGCAAGUUUGAUUUCAUGGAAGUAAAGAAAGAACCGAGACAUGGGACUAAAGCGAAAAACUACUCGAAACUUCUCGCAAAAGCUGAAGCACACAAGAAAAAGCUGGAAACGCUUAAGACAGAAGAUGCAGAAAAAGCUAUGAAAAUGAAGGAGGAGCAUUCAUGGAAACAUGCAAUGGAAAAAGCAGAAGGGGUGAAACAAUUUGAUGAUCCUAAAUUGUUGAAGAAAGCUAUGAAAAAGAGAGAGAAGGAAAAAGCAAAGAGUAAAAAGCAGUGGAAAGAUAGGACAGACUAUCAAAAGAAACAGACUGAAGAAAAGCAGAAACUAAGAAAGAAACACAUCCAGGAAAGGAUUGAAGCAAAAAAGGCAAAGAAAGCUGGCAAAGGAAAGAAAAAGCACAGACCUGGAUUUUAG